AUGCAUAGAGUAAGUUUGUUUUUAUAAAUCAAAACUAUUUGAAAAUUUCAUUGUUCAUUUAGUUUCAGACAAAGCAUUCGAAUUGUGCGAUUCGCUGUCCAACAAAUCAUUCAGCAAUGCAACAAAUGAAAUCAAAAUCGACUUCAAAUAAACAAAUAACAACUCCAAUGAAUCUUGAUGAAGAAAUGGGAGAUUUAAUAAAACGAGAAGUUGGAGUAUCAAAUGUGUGAGUUGCUUUUUCACAGUGUUUUAUUGAAAAUCAAUGAUUUUUAAUAUUUUCAGACAUCAUCUCAUAACAGAAAACUCGAAAAAGUCGAAGAAAGUGACUAAAAAAUCAUCGCAAAAUACAGUGUCAGCACCGGAAACUGCAUUAACACCACCAUCAACACCUUCUUCACCCGUGGAAAGCGAAUCAAAUGAACAAUUCGAGUUCUUAAUAGAAUCUUGGACGAAAUUCACAACAAAUGAAAAUGGUGAACCUGACGAUUCUAUAAUCGUGUAUAAAGCCGAAAAUGUCGAAGAAAAAAUUGCAAAUUUUGUGGUAAGUGUUUUAUGGUUAAAAAAUAAUCUUGUUAUUGGGUGAUCUUUACUGUGUUAUCUUUUUUUUACUGCAACAAAACAAAUUUCUCACCGGUCAGGUGGUUUUUGAAAACAAACUUCAGAAAAAAACUAAACUUCAGUUUUAUUAAAUCAAAUUUUAACGUUUGAAAAACAUCGCCCUGAAAUUCUUUAAAAAAUAAGAAAAAUUGGCAUUUUGAAAAAUUUAUCACUCGAAAAUACUCAGAAAUUUUUUUGUACCGGGACAGAAUUUUUUAAGCACAUUGUUCGAGUACUGUCUAUAUUUUGUGCAGGCCAUGACGUCACCACCUGCACAAAAUAUAGACAGUACUCGAACAAUGUGCCUAAAAAAUUCUGUCCCGGUACAAAAAAAUUUCUGAGUAGCUUGUGGAACACAUGUUUUCAAAUAAACUUGUUCAAUUACUAUUUUCUAGCCCUUCAACAUUGAUCGAUUCCUUGCUGAAAAAAUGCUCACCGAACUCGACAUCGAUACCAAAUUUGCUCAAUUCUAA